AUCACAAACGUUAAUUCUCAAAUAGGACAAGGAUGGAGCGACCAACACACAAUGAUAAAUUUGUAGAAUUGUUGUAGUAUGGUACUAUGUUCUAACCAUGUUAGAUGGGUAUGUUUUGUGAUAAUGCUACUGUGCUAAAAACCCUAAACCUGAUUCACCGAUCAACAACACUCUGCCAUCUCCUCCAACUCCACUCUCUCUUCCUCAAAUCCUCCCUCCAUCAUCACCCUAACAUCAUCUCCCAUUUCCUCUUAUCAUCAUCUUACAUUUCCCUCUCUUACUCCAAUUCCUUCUUCCACUCCUUACCCAUUAUCCCUCCACUCUUCGCUUGGAACACCAUCAUAAGAGCUUUCUCUAACACCCCAACACCACUCCAAUCCCUCUACCUCUUUCGCCAACUUCAAAGUUCGCGUCUUUCCCCAAACAAUUUCACUUACCCUUUUGUUCUCAAGGCGUGUGCUCGUCUUUCUUCUCUCUUGGUGGGGUGAUUCAUUCUUUGACCCUUAAGGCGGGUUUUCGCUCUGAUCGAUAUAUAGGUAAUGCCCUUUUGAAUUUUUAUUCUGAUUGCGGCGAAAUUGGGUUUGCAAGAAAGGUGUUUGAUGAAAUGUCUGAUAGAGAUGUUGUUUCGUGGAGCUCCAUGAUUGCUGCUUAUGUUGGUUCCAAUACCCCUUUAGAGUCACUAAAUGUGUUUCAAGAGAUGAGGGUGGAUAACGUACAGCCAAAUUCUGUGACUUUGGUUAGUUUGCUGUCUGCUUGUACUAAAAUGAUCAAUUUAUGUGCUGGUGAAUCAAUUCAUUCCUAUAUUAUAAGGAAUCACAUUGAAAUGAGUGUUGAAUUGGGAACUGCUUUGUUUGAGAUGUAUUCAAAAUGUGGGCAAAUUGAGAAAGCUCUUUUGGUUUUUGACUUAAUGCCUGAAAAGAAUUUGCAGUCUUGCACUAUCAUGAUCUCUGCUCUUGCAAAUCAUGGUCGGGAAAAGGAUGCGAUUUCUCUUUUCAACCGGUUGGAGAAUAUGGGAGUGCAACCUGAUAGUUUGUCUUUUUCUGUGAUUCUGUCUGCCUGCAGCCACAUGGGACUUGUUUACGAGGGAAAGAUGUAUUUUGAUAAAAUGGUGAGAUUGUAUAACAUAAAGCCAACUGUCGAGCAUUAUGGAUGCAUGGUUGAUUUGUUAGGAAGAGCUGGGUUGAUUCAAGAAGCUUACGAUAUCAUCAAGAACAUGCCUUUGGAGCCCAAUGCUGUCAUAUUGAGGAGUUUUCUGGGUGCUUGUCAAAAUCAUGGAUGGGUUCCUAGUUUGGAUGCUGAUCUAAUGUCUAAAUUGGAGUCUGAAUUGGGGGCAAACUAUGUACUAACUGCUAAUGUUUUUUCGGUUCAUUCUUCUUGGAAGGAAGCCAGUGACUUGAGGUUAGCCAUGAAACGAAAGGGGUUGAAGAAACUUCCUGGUUGUAGUUGGUUGGAGGUGCAAAAUUGAUAUCAAGAAUGGUUCGAGAAGAAGCUCCACUGUAAUUUAUGGGUGCAGAGAACAAUCUGUGGCUUAUGAAUCAUCUUGGUACAUUUUUCCUAUAUUCAUAAAAUUAUUGAUUGGAAGUGGAUACACACAUAACCGCUCACUGUUAGCUAUUAGGAUAGCCUUAGGAGUUACGACUGACCAUAAAUUGUACAUGUAAAUGAGUUUAACUUAGGUUUCAACUAGAUUGUGCUUGAUCUUUCCCAAUAAGUAUUGUUCAUGUUAAAUCGACAAAUUUUGUUUGAAUGGCAUAUGAAGAGAACAACAGGAAGCAAUGCUCGCUGAGUUCCGUGACUUUGUUGCCAAAAAUUGCGCAAAGCCGCAUACGAUGAUAAUAAUCGGUGGGUCACGAUCCAUCCUAGAAACCCCUUGUUAACUUUGCUUGUUAAGUGCCUUUUGUAUUUUGUAUUGUGAUGAAAGAUUGUCAAUUGCUUGUUCAUGAUGAUGGUCAGACAUUUGUUUGCAUUUUCUCAAACAAUUUCCUUUUCCCUCUA